AUGGCUCAAACCUGCGGGAACAUUUCCUUGUUUUGGGUGGUAACGAUCUGCAGUUUGCUGGUCGUCGUUGCAAUCGAAGGGAACGAUCUUCCGGCCGAUUUCGGAAGACGCCUUUCAACGUGUUCCAAUUUCCUGUUGCCGCUCUUGUGGUCCAACGUGAAGAACGUGAACAACGCCCCUUGGUGCGCCAACAAAAAGAAAUUCUACGAUCCAGUCCGGGAGUUGCACAAAGAAAUCAACAAAGCGGAAGACAAAGGUGGGAUGCUUAUUUAUCCUACCACCACUCAAACUAAAGAAUCAGAGGAUUUCGGUUCGGUGGGUCCGUUUGUGGCGAAUAUUUUAAGUGGACACAGCGGUCCACUGUGUCCUCAAUGUCCAUUGAUUCCGGUGAUUCCGGAAUGCCCUUACAUCCCACCUUGCCCGGUAUGUCCUACCCCAGUUUGCCCGUCCAUCCCGCCGUUUCCGGCUAUUCCUCCGUGCCCGACACCCAUCAUUCGAGCGUCGCCCAAAUUGAAAAUGAUGUCGAGGAAUAAAAUUGUGAAGACUAACAGUUCCGCCAGACCGAUAGCACCACCCAAAAACGUAACGCGGUCACGAUCGGAAGGUGUCAUCUUCAUAACCAACACCAACGGUUGCACGGCCGGGUCCAACAGGUUUGACGUUAACCUGGCACCUUGUACACGGGGAUCAGGGGCUUCUAGAGGAAUGAUCGACGUCACUUUUACCGCUCCUGACACGAGCGUGAUGAUCGGGAUCGCAGCAGUUUCCCCGACUACCCCAAUCAGUUUGACGUGCGCUUCUUUCCCGUCGAGUUUCUUCGGUGUCACGCAAUCGGGUGCCAUCACGCCUGCUUCGCCGACCGUUACCGCAGUUGGUUACGUCCAGUUUCUGGCCUCGGUUGGCCGAGAUAAUGCCAACAAAUCAUUGAAAUGCUUCUGGUCUUCUUCUUAA